CGUGGCACCUACUACAACACACUACACCGAAGUUUGAAGAACAAAAAAGAAAGCAACGAGGAAAGGGUGCGUUUAUUGAGUUAGACAAACAGCAUCUGAAUUGAAGAAACACAAUUGACCUCCUGACCCGACGAGCAAGGAACGAGCUCAUUGGUGGCGGUGGUGGUGGUGCGUCCUUUCAAAUUCGAAUAGCAAUAGGAAUUGGCUUCCACCAAUGCCGCCGGAUUCCCCGGAGCUAGACGACGAUCCCGAAAUUGAGUUCGCCGAGAUUGAUCCCACCGGUCGUUAUGGUCGGUACAAGGAAAUUUUAGGAAAAGGGGCUUUCAAGAAAGUAUACCGAGCGUUUGAUGAGUUGGAAGGAAUUGAAGUGGCUUGGAAUCAGGUUAAGGUGGCUGAUCUAUUGCGUAACUCUGAAGAUUUAGAGCGCCUUUAUUCAGAAGUGCAUUUGCUCAAGACUUUGAAGCAUAAGAAUAUAAUUAAAUUUUACAGUUCGUGGGUUGACGCUAAGAAUGAGAACAUUAACUUCAUUACUGAAAUUUUCACCUCAGGAACAUUGCGCCAAUACCGGAAGAAACAUAAGCAUGUUGACUUGAGAGCUUUGAAGAAAUGGUCCAGGCAGAUUUUGGAGGGCCUUUCGUAUCUUCACAGUCAUAAUCCACCAGUUAUUCACCGAGACCUUAAGUGUGACAACAUUUUUGUCAAUGGGAAUCAAGGGGAGGUGAAAAUUGGUGAUUUAGGAUUGGCGGCCAUCCUUCAACAGGCCAGUUCAGCUCACAGUGUCAUAGGAACCCCAGAGUUCAUGGCCCCUGAACUUUAUGAAGAGGAAUACAACGAGCUUGUUGACAUCUAUGCUUUUGGCAUGUGCUUGUUGGAGUUGGUCACCUUUGAGUAUCCAUAUAUUGAAUGUGCCAAUGCUGCUCAAAUAUACAAGAAAGUGACUUCUGGAAUAAAGCCAGCAUCAUUGGCCAAAGUUAUAGAUAUUGAAGUUAAAUCAUUUAUAGAAAAGUGUAUUGCUAAUGUAUCAGAACGCUUACCUGCAAAGGAUCUCUUGGUGGAUCCCUUCCUUCUGUCAGAUUAUGACGGUGAAAGUGUAGGUCGAUCUUCAAGAGCUGGAACCCUUCAUUCAGAAAAUAAUUGUGAUAAUCAACCCAUUGGAGAAAGUACCGAGGAUAAUUCUGUUGAGACUAGGGAAUUCACUGUGGAAGGACAGAGGAGAGAUGUUAAUACAAUAUUUUUAAAACUGCGAAUUGCAGAUCCCUCAGGUUCUAUUCGCAAUAUACACUUCCCUUUUGAUGUUGGAGCAGACACUUCUAUCUCUGUUGCUGGUGAAAUGGUUGAGCAGUUGGAACUUACUGAUCAAGAUGUUUCGGCUAUUGCUAACAUGAUCGACUCAGAAAUUCAGUAUCACAUUCCUAGUUGGAAUCCUAGUGAAACUCCUGUAAGUAGGCAUGAGGCUUCUCCUAUGGCAAAUGAUUCUGUCACUUCUACUGGCAGUCUUGCUUUAGAAAUAUUACCUUCAGGUCGUAAGUACUGGUCAGACUCACCAAGGGCAUUAGGUGGAAGCUCUCCAUUGCGGCACGGACCUUCAAACUUAUCUAAUGAAGGGGAUGUGAGUGCUAGGGAAGGAAGCUUGACUGAAAGUGGUACUGAUAAGGAAUGUGAUGGAGCUGCUGAUUCCCCUUUCAGUGAAAGAAGUAUUGCAUCGGAGUGUUUAGAAAGAACCAGUGAAAAAUCUUCUCCGGAAGAAUUGCAGCACGUUGCUUCAGACUUAUCUAAUGAAGGGGAUGUGAGUGCUAAGGAAGGAAGCAUGGCUGAAAGUAGUGCUGAUAAGGAAUGUGAUGGAGCUGCUGAUUCCCCUUUUAGUGAAAGAAGUGUUGCAUCGGAGUGUUUAGAAAGAACCAGUGAAAAAUCUUCUCCGGAAGAAAUAUCGGGAAGCUUGGAAGAUUCUGAAAUAGAAUCCAUCGAUAAAAUAGCAAAAGAUCUGGAAUGUUUGUUGGUUAUGCAAAGAGUGGAGCUUGAUGAACUAAAGAGGAAACACAAAUUAGCUGUGUCAGAUCUUUUGAAGGAACUUUCUCCAGAAAUGUGCCAAAAGGUCCAAAAUAUAUGUAACCUGGAGAUUCCUGACAGUGAAAUGUAAGGUGAGGCUUGUGCUAUUGUCAUCUAAAUGCCCUUUUGCGAGGUUUAUGGUAGUCCAGGGAACUUUGCUGCUCCCGGAGUGAAAUUCUGAAGUUAAAAUCUCCUUGCAUGUUACUUGGCACUGAGUUACUUACUGUUAAUAUUUCAGGUCAAUGAUUGCUUAAGUGAGGGUAAUAUUUUCUUGGCAUAAGUGUUUCUGGUAUGAGGUCAGGAGGAAAUGCAGCUGAGUCAUAACAUGGGAGUCAUCUUUGCAUGAGAGAUUUAGUUGACAUCUUCUUCAGCUUGGAGACUUGAUGCUAUUGCUGCAUUUACGCAUGAAGCACUGGGUUGAAAUCAGAUAGUACCUCAAUAUGUCAUAAGACUGGAUCCUAUCGAUUUCUGUUACUAGCAACAUCUGUAUAUAGUUUACAAGUCAUUCAGCUAUAGAAAGUGUAUAGUUGUAUAUAUUACUUGGCUACUUGCUAUCGUUUCAGUUUACACGAAGCUCUUCUUAACUUGGAGUUCUUGGGUUUAAUGUGAACUUUUUGAAACUUGGAAUUAGUUCUCCUCGUAGAUUAUUUUCCAUUGCUCUCUGUAAAGUAUUCUCAAUUUCAGCAUCAUGGACGUAACUUAUAUGCUUGGGUGAUA